AUGGCAGAAGAAUCAGCGGUCUCUGCCCCGGCUCCAUCUGCUUCUGGUGAAGAAGCCAAAGAGGAGCAGCAAACUGAGGAGUAUGACCACGAGGCUCCAUCAGUGGUUACACCAGAACCUGAAUCUUCUGAGCCAAUGACAGAGGCAACAGCAGUGUCUGCCCUGGCUCCCUCUCCUCCUGGUGAAGAAGCCAAAGAGGAGGAAAUUGAGGAGUUUGACCACGAGGCUCCAUCAGGGGUCACAGCAGAGCCUGACAGUUCGGAGUCAAUGGAGGAAGGAACAGCGGUCUCUGUCCUGGCUCCCUCUGCUCCUGGAGAAGAAGUGAAAGAGGAGGAAAUUGAAGAGAAUGACCAUGAGGCUCCAUCAGUGGUCAGUCCAAAGCGUGAAUCGCCACAGAUGACAGAGGCAACAGCAGUGUCUGCCCUGGCUCCCUCUCCUCCUGGUGAAGAAGCCAAAGAGGAGCAAAUUGAGGACUAUGACAACGAGUCUCCAUCAGGGGUCACAGCAGAGCAUGACACUUCUGAGCCAGUAAGUGCCAGAUGUGGGUGGUGCUGUCUUUAG